AUGUCGGAUUUCCAAGCCGCUUGUACUUCAACGGCUGUGUGUUCUCAGCCGCGAUUUGGUUGUAAAGUAUGCUCAGGUCCUACGAAGUUCUACCACUUUGGAAUGCAGGCAAGUUUAGAAAGUACUAAUAAUACGAGUUUUUGUGAGUCAAUAAAGGCAUAAGUGGGAGUCCAUGAGUCUAUGACAGAUACUACAGAGACAAAAAAGAUCGGGUGACUUUAGCGAGAGCAUUCAAGGCUACUCUGGCUACUAAGAAAGUUUUUAUAAAAAUACCAGUCCGGGAAAAUAAUGUGGAUCUGCCUCGCCUUGAAAUCGCCCAUCACCGCCUUGCGACGGCUAGCCGCGGCUAAAGAUUUAGUACUCGACUGCAACGGGGCUAGACAUUUUGCUGCGACAAAUCGACAUUAUUUUCCCGAGAUAUUGAUAUAACUUUUUUGACCUUGUAAUCCGCCAUAAUAGUUCAAAGCCUAACAAGAAAUUCGAAACAUAACCGAUGUGAAGCUCGUUUCAGCUUUGCCGAGGCUGUGCAAGCUUCUUCCAACGAUGUGUGAAAGGAGGGAAGAAAUACGAAUGCAAAAACGACAACUAUCAAUGCAAUGUUGGAAACGGUAAGUCAGACGCCCAAACUCUAAACAUGCAUACAUAACGUCGCAAAUUAAAUGUUUUCCAAAAUUGAUGUUUUAGAAGUGAUUGUGAAAUGCAAAGGCUGCAGAUUUGCGAAAUGUGUUCAUGUGUGGAGCAAGCUGAAUAUCCAGACAAAUGCAACAACACCCAAAACUUAUAAUUUCGCGCUAUAUGAGAACGGAAUGACUUCAGUGGCAUAUCAGCUGGUCAAGGCGUUCGAAAACUACCACGACUUCCAGCUGAACACCGUUCAGAAGCACCUUUCAAUAAACAAUUUGACCACUGACAAGGUAAGGACUCUAAAAUAGUAUAGUAGUUGCGAUGGUUUCAGUAUCUCCUGCCGACCAAGAUGGACCUAUUUUGUAUGGGAUAUGCUUCGAGGAACGCCAUGUACAAAAUUUUUACCGACUGCAUUAGUUGCAUGAAGUUUCCAAACAAAGCCGUUUGGGUACGUUCGCAAGAAUCCACGUAACCGCUUUUUCAGACGCAAUUUACCAAUAGUAGUCAAUACGAAUCGAUGAUUAUACAACAAGGCUUCCUGACAAGUAUGAUAUUCCCGGACAUGGACGACACACGAAUCAUUUUCAUUCCUGGCUACUUUUUCCAUGUUUUUGAGACAACUGAGGACUGGUGGUUUGAAGAUGAAGCGGAUGAGAAAGAACGGAGCAAAUACAGAGAGUAAGAGCCUACAACCUCAACCUGUCAACAUAUAUUUCAGUUGGAAGUCAGGAAGUAUUUUUUAGAUACAUAUAUCAGUUCAACAGACGCUACAUGCAAUUCAUGCGGAAUUACAAACAAACCAGGCCCAGCGCGCUUGAUGUUGGAGUACUCAUGUUGCUCAUCUUUCUUCGACAUUGUAAGUGAUCACAAACGAAGGUCGGAGAAUUUAUUCAGACGAAAAUCUCGGACCUGUAACCAAGGAAUACGACGCCUAUAAAGACCGGGUUCUCACCGAAUGGGCGCAGAGUUUGCAGACAAGAUAUGCGGAGCGAGCCAACGAAAAGCUGAUUGAGUUUAUGCUGAUUUGCAACGAAGCAGCUGUAAGUCAUCCUUUCCAAACAAUACUGCAGUGACUGACCUGAUCCAGUGGCAAAAAAUGUACCAUUUUGCUUCCGGGAAGUAUCAAAAAAUGUGGCAAAAUACCUCCCUCUCCAAGUGAAAAGCUGCGGUUUACAAAAGCGCACCAGUUCCUUUUGUGAGGGAAAGGCGCCUUCAAACCGUAUUUUUUUUAUUUGGAGAGGGAGGCGUUUUCGUACAUUUUUUGAUACUUCCCGGAUGUAAAAUGGUAAAUUUUUUUUGCAACUGGAUCAGGUCCGUCACUGUAACGGCUUUUUCAGAAACUAAAGACCGUUGUAGAGGAGAUCGACGCCUAUAUUAAUCUCAUGAGAGCACACGGAGCAAAAGUAAGCCCUUUGGUCCGUGCAAAGAAAACACGUUUCUGAGUUUCAGCUUACAAAAUGGACCAACAGCAUGCCGGUUGAUUACUACGAGCAAUGA